AGGGCAGCCGGAGCUCAAGGUGUCAGUAGGGAGGCUGGUUUAAAUUUAACUGCAACAGGGCUGAUAUCUGCAUGGCAGGUCCUGUCUCCCCCCCUCUGCUGUCUCAGUCUGUUCACAGCCACCAGCCUCAGACAUCAUCGCAGCAGCAGCAGCAGCAGCAGCAGCAGCUCUACCAGGAGACGCUGCUCUUCCUUCUCUUUUCUCUCAUCACACCACCUAGAUUGUACAAGAGGUCGGCUGAGGACGCGACGGAAGGGAGAGAGAAGAUACCGUCGCCGAAGGAGAUCAAACGAUUCACACUGAGGAUAACAGCUGAUGCGAGCCGGCGGGGCUGAAGGCACAGCCAGUGGCACUGCAGAGGCACAACAGCACAGUGGGCUGAAGCUCUGCUGCGAGAGGUAGGAAACAUGCGAUCCCGCAGCAACAGUCUGGAGGAUGUCACUAAGGUCAAGCAGUCUGCAGAUGCUCGCAAGCGAUCUGCAGAGCGAGAGGAGCCCUCGGGUCGGACAGAGCGUCGCAGUCGACACCGGGAGCCUCCAGACGACACUGGAACCGUUCAGCGGAACCACAACACCACCAAGAACAACAGCAGCACCACCGGGAGUGGAGGUGGAGCUGCGAAGGCCGGCCGGAGAGAGAAGGGCAGGGACCUCUCCAGAGACGACCUGGUCUUUCUACUGAGCCUGCUGGAAGGCGAACUACAGGCCAGAGACGAGGUGAUCACCGUGCUGAAAGCAGAGAAAAUCGACUUGGCCCUGCUGGAGGCCAAAUAUGGUUUCGUUACGCCACAGAAAGUCCUGCAGGCUCUGCAGAGAGACGCCAUCCAGGGAAAGGCCGACGUCUUCCAGGAAGACAUCUAUGAGAAGCCCAUGGUCGAGCUGGAUAAGCUGGUGGAGAAGCAGAGGGAGACGCACCGGCGGAUGCUGGAGCAGCUGCUGAUGGUGGAGCAGUCGCACAAACAGGCUUUAUACAAGCUGGAGGACGAGAAGAGGAACCACGGAGAGUUCAUGAAGAAGAGCGACGAGUUCACCAACCUGCUGGAGCAGGAGAGAGAGAGGUUAAAGCUGUUAAUUGAUCAGGAAAAGGCCUACCAAGAACGGAAGGACGAAGAGAACAACAAAAAGGUGGAAAGUCUGAAAGAGGAGCUGACAAAACUGAAGUCAUUUGCGCUGAUGGUUGUGGAUGAACAGCAGCGUCUCACCGAGCAGCUGAAUCAACAAACAGCGAAGGUCCAAGAACUGAGCGCCAGUUCUUCACAAGCCCAGGAGGAGCUGAGCUCAGCUAAUGCUCGUCUGCAGGAAGAGGAGCAAAAGGUCUUUCGAUUGGAGGCUGAGCUGCGUGACCAAGCCGGUCGAUACCAUCAGGAACAAGACACCAUGACAGCCAAACUGACCAGCGAGGACGCCCAAAACCGGCAGCUCAGGCAGAAGCUGUCGGCUCUCAGCAGGCAGCUGGACGAGCUGGAAGAGACCAACAAAACUCUACGUCGGGCUGAGGAGGAGCUGCAGGAGCUGAGAGACAAAAUCAGCCGUGGAGAGUGUGGAAACUCUAGCCUCAUGUCAGAGCUGGAAGAGUUACGAAAACGAGUGCUUGAAAUGGAGGGAAAAGAUGAAGAGUUGAUCAGAAUGGAGGACCACUGCAGGGACCUCAACAAGAAACUGGAGAAGGAGGCCAACCAGAGCCACUGCCUGAAGGCUGAAGUUGAUAAACUGAAUCACAGAAUUAUGGACUUAGAAAAGCUGGAGGAUGCAUUCAGUAAGAGCAAGCAGGAGUGUGGCUCACUCAAAACUAACCUGGAGAAGGAGAGGACGGUGUCAAAGGUUCUGACAAGUGAGCUGGAAGUCUUGAAAGUCAGAGUGAAGGAACUGGAGGCUGCUGAAAGCCAACUGGGAAAGACGGAGCUGAUGCUGAAGGAAGAUCUGACCAAGUUAAAGACUCUGACUGUUAUGUUGGUGGAUGAGAGGAAGGCAAUGGCGGAGAAGCUGAAGCAAAUGGAGAACAAGGUCCAGAACAGCACAGGAAAACUUCAAGCCGAGCAGGACAAAGUUACGUCAGUCACAGAGAAGCUGAUUGAAGAAAGCAAGAAAGCUCUGAGGUCAAAGGCCGAGCUGGAGGAGAAAAUGUGCAGCGCUACAAAGGAAAGGGACGACUUGAAGGCCAUGCUGAGAGCCGAGGAGGAGAAGAGUAAUGAUUUGGAGUCAAAGAUCAAUAUGAUGAAGAAAAGGCUGCAAUCACUGGAGACAAUCGAGAGAGAACAACUGAGAAACAAAGCCAAAGAGGAGCACAUUAAAGCACCUAUUGCUAACCGCUUCCAACAAGAAGACAACAAAAUCAAGGAUCUGACGCAGGAAGUCGAACGCCUCCGACGCAAAUUAAAAGACAUGAAAGUGGUGGAAGGUGACUUAUUAAAAACAGAGGAGUUUGAGUCACUGGAGAAAAGGUUCACUAACGAACAAGAGAAAGCUAAAGCCUUGAUGGAGGAGCUGGACAUAUCCAGAAAAGAGCUUUCAAAGUACCAACUGGCUGAAAAGAAGGAGUGCAACCAGGAGCAUGUUCUUUAUAAACGCCUGAAGGAGGAGGAGGCAAAGUCUAGUCAUUUGACCCGAGAGGUAGUGGCACUGAAAGAGAAGAUUCAUGAAUACAUGGGAACAGAAGAGUCAAUCUGCCGCAUGAAAACUGACCACUCUACUCUGCAGAGGAAGCUGACCCAGCAGGAGGUCCGGAACAAAGAACUGGCCAGAGAAAUGGAGACGCUCACACGAGAGCUAGAAAGAUACCGACGGUUCAGUAAAAGUCUGCGUCCAGGCAUGAAUGGACGACGCUUCUCAGACCUGCACGUUUCUACCAAGGAGGUUCAGACGGAUCCUCUUGACCUCAUGACUCCAAACUGUAAGACGAUGGCACCGCUGGAGAGAGCCGUGGUCAACGGGAAGCUGUACGACGAGAGCGAGCCUGAAGAGAACGCAAACUACAGCAAUGAGCUUCAGCUCACCAAAUGCAGCCCCUCACUCAUCAAUAAUGUUAACAAUCUGAACAACAACCUGAGAAGAGCUCGAGGCCCCUUCCUCAAAAACAAAGACACCCCUCACCAGGUGAACGGCAAGAUGCAGCCACGGCAGAAUGGCAACCACGUCCAGCCCGGAGAUGUUGUGUUGACCCACAGUCCCGGUCAGCCGCUGCACAUUAAAGUGACUCCUGACCACGGACACAACACAGCGACGCUGGAGAUCACCAGUCCGACCACAGAAAACACUCCGUCUUUUACCAGCACUGCCGUCAUACCCACCAGCGGAGGUCCGCCCAAACAAAGAAUCACCAUCAUCCAGAAUGCAUCCAUAUCCCCGACUGCAAAAUCCAUUUCCCCAACAACCAAAUCAAAGUGUUCCCCCAUAUCUGAUGAGCCGUGUUCCCCAGAUAGAGCCCUGUCACCAUUCACCAUGGCUACAUACUCCAGAGCCAUGACCCCAGACUCUUGUGGCUCAGUAACACCAGACAGGGCCAUGUCACCCAUACAGAUAGUAUCGGUGACCACAGGCACACCUGACCGCUCUGUCUCCACGGAGCCGGUGGUCGGAGGCCAUGCCGUCUUCAGAGUGACCCCUGAGAGGCAGAACAGCUGGCAGGUCCAGAGGUCCAACAGCUCUGGGCCGAACGUCAUCACCACAGAGGACAACAAAAUCCACAUUCACUUAGGGAGUCCGUUCAUCCAGAGCAUCAGCACUCCGACACAAACGUUGACUUCCUGCCACACACCUGGACUCCAGGAGCAAAGGACUCAGGUGUUGGCGAACUGCAGCACUCCCACUGCUAAAGGCAACAGCAAAAUCACAAGUAGCAUCAUGAUUAAGCCCACCUCCACCCCAAUCCAAAGGCCAUCACAAAUUACAGUGCCUCUUGAAGCAUUCCGACGUCCAGGACCCACCAGAAUCCCCAAACCGAAGGGCUACAGCUCCCAGAAAGGAGCGAACAGCACGGCAGCCAACCUGCAGAGCAAGAGUCAGCCACUACAUGUAGCCACCGGCAAAGAGCCGCCAGCACACAACAACAAUAACAACAACCCAAACCUAGCCAACCGCAGACUGUGAUUUCACUGGUUGUUCUUCUGUCAGAAUGUCAGCUUACAGGAUACAGACAUUCUGACAGAUACUUCACACAUGGACAUAAAUAUAUAGGAUUCUCUCUUCAUCUUUUACAAAAUAACUCGUUCCACUUUUACCAAAUCCUCAUCUGUGGUGCUCAGAAGACUGCAAGUGUCUAUUGUGUCUGCUCAGUGUGAAAGCACUGGACUAAAACAGCAUUUUUAGAAAGUAGUUCAAGUGUAGAUUCAUUUAAUAAUUCAUGAAAUUAUGAUAGUGAAUGAUUGACUGUCACAGGUGUGUGUGAGGAUGUCACUGUGACUGAAAUAAAUACAGCAGAAGUGUAACGUUAGAACAAAAAGCGUGUUAUAUGGUCAAAAUUCAUGUUUAUUUGUAUUGUGAGUAUUUGUAUUGAUCGUCAAUGACUAUCUGUUGGGAGAUACAGAUAAUAAAUCAAUCAUUUAUCCAUUUCUAGGGAUGGAACACGUGGAUAUUUUUUAAAAAGUGGCAAUAAUGUACAUAAGUGUAAAACUGAAGUGUUGUAAUGCAGCUUAUUCACAGUGAGAAACUUGAAAAUGUGACAUUUGUGUUAUUUUUGGUUAUCAAUAAAGACUUUUUUUUUACCUUGAA